CGCUUUACUCUUUUCACUAUUCUCGCCACCGUGCACCUUCUCGCGGAUCACCGUAGCACAGGAUCAAAACGACUCCAAUCGCGCCGUUAUCGAUGAUUUUGAAUGGUGUGCAUGUGUACGCCAAGUCUUUGUACUCUCGUGUCGCCUUCCUGCAUCUUCGCCGCUGGGCGACAGCUUGGUCUGGAAGACGACUCCAGACGAACCCUAAAAUCUUGCAUUGUGUGUAGGCUGAGUCUUUGUACUCGCCCCGUCCCGCCAUCCGUUCCCGGCGAUUAUGUAUUGAAUGUACGCCGAGCCCUUUGCUCGUCUCGCCGUCCUGGACCUUCUCGCGAAUCACCCUCGCAGAACUUUUUGUUCGUCGCCGCGAAUGAUAGAAACUUUCCACAUCAGUUCUUCAGAAAUUCCCGUCGUGCGUCCAAAGAGUUCAACCCAUUUUCUCUCUCGUACGUGUAACGCUCACGACGGAUUUGGACAUUGUGGGGCCAGAAUAUUCACAUCGACAAGGGAGAUUGUUGCUCCUUUGGCCCCAUUGUUUGUAUGAUCGACAGUGGCCAUUGCAGCCAGGGGUUGCCGCAAGGUGCAAGUUCCCCUCCAUGACUCCCCCAAGGCAGGAUACCA